AUGGACAACCGUCACCCCAUGGAACGGGUCCACAGGACGCCCUCGCCCGGCCACCCUCUCCAGCACGGCUACCACCUCGAGGACAACCCGUACGGCCACUCGCAACCGGGCCUCGAUAUCCCCGCUGGCGGCCCUGUCAGAUACAAUAGCCCAGGCGACUCGCUGCACAUGCAGACGGCGCAAUCGGUAGACAACCUCGCCGGUUACCAGCACGAAGACCCAGCAGCCCACCCCGGAGGCUAUGCGGUUCACCCCGAGCAACACCACGAUGCAUACUACAACACACCCUACGAGCCUCACCCAGUCGAGGGUCAAGGCUACGACUACGACGACAGCCGCCCCAUGUUGACACAUGACGACUCGCAAGUGGCCGCCACCGAUCCCUACCACGACAACCCGCAACCGCCGACGAACAACGCGCCUAUCAAGAGGUGGAAGACGGUGAAGCAGGUGCUGCUCUAUCGGGGAAACUUGGUGUUGGACUGCCCCAUCCCGCCCAGGUUGCUGAACCAGCUACCCCAUGGCGAGCGCGACGAGUUCACCCACAUGCGCUACACGGCGGCAACCUGCGACCCCGCCCACUUCUACGAGGAGGGCUUCACCCUCCGACAAAAGCUCUUUAGCAAGCCCCGCCAUACCGAGCUCUUCAUUGUCGUGACAAUGUACAACGAGGACGAGAUCCUGUUUGCGCGGACUAUGAUAGGCGUGUACAAGAAUAUCGAGUACAUGUGCAAGCGGGCCGAGAGCAAGACGUGGGGCAAGGACGCGUGGAAGAAGAUCGUCGUGUGUGUUGUCAGCGAUGGCCGAGCCAAGAUCAACCCCCGGACACGGGCGCUCUUGGCCGGUAUGGGCGUCUACCAAGAGGGUAUCGCCAAGCAGCAGGUUAACGGCAAGGACGUCACGGCGCAUAUCUACGAGUACACAAGUCAGGUCGGCAUGUCGAUCAAGAACGACGUGGUCCAGCUCAUACCCAAGCAGCAACCCGUCCAGAUGCUGUUCUGCCUGAAGGAAAAGAACCAGAAGAAGAUCAACUCGCAUCGCUGGUUCUUCCAGGCCUUUGGCCGCGUUCUGGACCCCAACAUCUGCGUGCUGAUCGACGCUGGUACCAAGCCCGGAGGAAAUUCUAUCUACCAUCUCUGGAAGGCGUUCGACCUCGAGCCCAUGUGCGCAGGCGCUUGCGGCGAAAUCAAGGCCAUGUUGGGGCCUGGCGGGAAGAACCUCCUUAACCCGCUAGUGGCGACGCAGAACUUUGAGUACAAGAUGAGCAAUAUUCUGGACAAGCCCCUGGAAUCUGCCUUUGGCUUCAUUUCGGUCUUGCCCGGUGCCUUCUCGGCCUACCGCUACGUUGCGCUGCAGAACGACAAGAACGGCCAGGGCCCGCUGGAGAAGUACUUUGCCGGCGAGAAGCUCCAUGGCGGCGAUGCCGGCAUCUUCACGGCCAACAUGUACCUGGCCGAAGAUCGUAUCCUCUGUUUCGAGCUCGUGACCAAGCGCAACUGCCACUGGAUUCUGCAGUACGUCAAGUCUGCCACGGGCGAGACCGACGUGCCCGACACGGUGACCGAGCUCAUCCUCCAGCGCCGUCGCUGGCUGAACGGCUCCUUCUUCGCCGCGCUCUAUGCCAUCGUCCACUUCUACCAGUUCUUCCGGUCCGACCACUCGUUCCUCCGCAAGAUUGCCUUCUUUGUCGAGUUCGUCUUUAACACUGUCAACAUGAUCUUCGCCUGGUUUGCCAUUGGCAACUUCUUCUUGGUCUUCAAGAUUCUGACGGCCAGCUUGGGGUCUGAUAAUCUCCUGGGGAAUGUCGGUAAUAUUCUCGGCGUCGUGUUUGCCUGGCUCUAUGGCGUCUCGCUCAUUACGUGCUUUGUACUGUCUAUGGGCAAUCGGCCUGCCGGCUCUGGGCGCUACUACAUGGCCAUGGUGAUCUUUUGGGCUAUCAUCUUUAUCUAUCUCAUGUUUGCGGCCAUCUUCAUCUCGGUCAACGCCAUCAGGACGGAUCUCAGCAACGGCCUCAGCCUCUCGGAACUGUUCAAAAACAAGAUCUUCUACACACUCGUCAUAUCCGUCAUGUCGACGUACGGCAUCUGGUUCAUCGCGUCGCUGAUCAUGUUCGACCCGUGGCACAUGUUCACGUCGCUCAUCCAGUACCUACUCCUCAGCCCGACGUACACCAACGUGCUCAACGUGUACGCCUUCUGCAACACGCACGACAUAUCGUGGGGCACAAAGGGCGACGACAAGCCCGACAAGCUGCCCUCGGUCAACACCAAGGACGGCCAGGGCAAGACGGACCUGCCCGACGAGGGUGACCUCAACGCCCAGUACGAGCGCGAGGUGCAGGUCUUUGCGCGGAAACCUGUCAAGGAGGUCAAGGCGCCCACCCCGUCGCAGCUCGAGGAGAAGCAGAUGGACUACUACAAGGGCGUCCGUACCGUCACGGUGCUCCUCUGGAUGAUCACAAACUUCGGGCUGGCCGCCGUCAUCCUGUCUACCGCCGGCCUCGAGCGCAUCACCACCGACGGCAACACCGAAGAGCUGCAGGACCAGCGCGCCACCAUCUACAUGAGCGUCGUGCUGUGGUCCGUGGCCGUGCUGUCGGGGUUCAAGUUUCUGGGUGCCAUGUGGUUCUUGAUUGUGCGCAUGUUUAGGGGCGUGUGA